AUGGCCAGUAAUAAGCUCUAUCAACCUCUGCUGUCAACAACCCAGCUACAGCGACCCCGUCACCAAGCAGUUUCCACGGUUUCAAGUUUCACUGAUAAUUGGUCCCGGCCUGACCGACCGACAUCAGUUGAGUUCCAGAUUGUACAGCACGGGGGCCAUAGCUCCGCCGUGGAGUUGCUCCCAUGUCGGUUACAGUGGUCGAAGCAGGAACUCUAUACUGAGAAGGAUCAUCUUUUGCGAGCAGUAUAUGAGGCAUCCUAUUUACGAGCUGAGAAUGCCUAUUAUCGCAAGGUUCGGCGAGCAUCGAUCCUGCUCCAAGCUGAAAUCGAAACUGUUCUCCUGGCGUAUACAGCAGUUCAAGAAUUACGUGCUUGCCUCCACCGCCUUGAUACAUUAACCACAAAUAACAAGCGACAAUCUGUCUUGUUCAGACAAAGCGUGCUUGGUACCAUAUGGUCUCGCAACACAAGCUUGCUCCGUACUGCAAUUGAUGACUACCGCGUUAUGAUCGACAGGAUUGAUACUAGUUUUACAAAGCUUCAGAAAUCGCAACAAGAAUUCACUGCAGCUUUAAAACGAAUUGACCAAGAGUAUGCUGACUUCUUCGCUAUACAACUAGGCGAGGAAGCAGUAAAAUUUUAA